AUGGCGUCUCUGCUGGACAUGAAAUUUGGGAGCGACAGCGAGGAAGAUGACGAAGACUACGCAGGCUCCGCCGGGUCCUCCGAGGAGUCUGGCGAGGACGCGAGUGACGAGGAGCAAGACUCAACACGUGCCGAAGGUUCCUGUACACACGGUGACUCGUCCCACCCUUCCCAGGCACCGGCUUCCACAGCUUGGCCCGAGGCGACACGACCCGCAGGAACCUGCAUCCCCGACGGCGGCGACGGCGGCGACGGCGACGAGAUGACAGUGGCAAGACGAAAGCCCGUCAUCGCGUCCAGCAGAAGAAAACGGAUGCUCAGAGGCAAACAAAGAGAGGACGAAAAGCGGAAAUCCAAGGCAGCCAAGAAGGCCGAAGAAGAGGCACGGAAGCAAGAAACCGCGGCGCUCUUUGCGGAGAUGGAGAAGGAGUCGCGAGAAGCUCUGUCUUCGUACAACUCCCCGACUCCGACAGACGACUUCUUGUUACAGUUCCACCGCCGCUGCCCGUCGACUGGAGAAAAGAGGAACCAGACGUGGCAACAGCUGCAGCACCAUCUGUCUAUUGCUGUCUCAGCUCUUCAGCCGACCUCGCAGCUUCGUGGCGGCAGUGCGCCCCUUUCAGGAGUGGUUCCGAAGACACAGAGCACUGGACAACAUGCAGUUUCACGUGGGCCGCUCGGACCCAGUGAUGCGGAGAGCGCUGGUGCCUCAGCUGCUUUGGGGGCGCAGAAGGCGGUCGAUCCAGAGGGACGUGGAGGGGACGGAAAGCCGGAGAACCUCCACGACGGAACUCUGGCGACUCUGUCAGGCACGACGGCCACUGCUACAACGUUCAGCGUCCGAGAAUUCAAACAGAGGUGUCGUCGUCCGACAGACGCGGCUGUCAUCAAGCUGAGAGACGAAGCCAUGCGGAGCUUAGACACGACGGGAGAAGUGAUCGUCAAGAAGGUAGCGCGGUUCGCGGGCCAGAACAUCGAGGUCGAGGCGCGCAUGGAGGCCGCUUCAGAGGAAUACCAGAAGUUCCUGCAAAUGCAGCAAAAGGCACAGCAGCUCGGGGGGCAAUUUGCCGAGCUCGACGGCCUCGUUGCUGGUAACCCAACAGUCUAUCGGUGUUCCCACGAAACUCUCGCGGCCUGGACCUCAUGCGUAGAUGCAGCAGGCACCGUCGCUGCGCUGGAUGGACCUUCGGCCAUCAACUCCGUGGAGAAGUCACAGGCUGACUGGGAGAAAUUCAAACGAGACAAGGGUAUUGAGGCCGAGCUGAAGAAAGGCCACGGGUAUCUCGACAAGCAGAGUUUUCUUGCCGAGACCGAGUGGCGCCAGCACGAAAAGAAUGUCGAGUUGCGUCGACGGCAGCAGCUCCAGCAGCAAGCUCAACAACCCCAGUCCUCUCGCACUUGA